CUACCGCGCAGUCAGUGAAUACUUGGAGAAGUUGACUAUUUAGAGGCACAAACUAAACUAUAGCGUACUCACUACUCCACAUAACUCUGGAAGCGUGUGAUUGCCUCGCCUGCUGGAAUGGCUCCAUUACUGAGCUGGUCAUGUAGACCGCUGCUUCUACUGCCUCUUAUUGGAAUAUGUUUCACAAAAUUUGCAAGAGAUGGAGUGAGGUCUGAACUCAACAUAUUCCAUCACUCAUGUGCCCUGAAGAAAGACGAAGGGCCAUGCAAGGCAAUAAAGGACAGGUUCUACUUUGACAUUGACACAGGUCGCUGUGAACUCUUUGAAUACGGAGGCUGCCAAGGCAAUGCAAACAAUUUUGAGACCCUGCAGGAGUGUGAGAAAAUGUGUCUUGUGAAAGAGGAUAAGAGUCCAUGCCAUCUGGAGGAAGAGCCGGGGCCUUGUCGAGGAAUGGUGCCUCGUUAUUAUUUUGAUUACAAGAGCCAGGAAUGCAAGCGAUUCUAUUAUGGUGGCUGCUUUGGAAAUGCCAACAACUUCAAGACCAUAAAAGAAUGCCAUGAGAGAUGUCUACCUGCCUCAAACCACAUGGAACAAAAUGCUCCAUUAAAGCCAGAGGAAGAAGAAGCCAAACUCAAAACAGUACCCGACACCAAACAUGUUGAAGCUCCAUUGAUUGCAUCACAUUUUCCACUGCAGAGAAUGUCCCAACCAUCUGCAGAGGAAGCAGAGUUCAAUCCCCCAGAAUUCUGCUUGAGUCCAGUUGAUAGGGGCGAUUGUGAUGACUCUGUGAGGAGAUUCGUUUACAACACCAGGACUAAGAGAUGCCAGAUGUUUCGUUACAGUGGCUGUGGAGGCAACAAAAACAACUUUGUCCACAAAAGACACUGCAUGAAAAUGUGCAUGAAAGAUCACAGCCGGAGGAAGCAAAUACGGAUAAAGACGAAGAACUCAAAUAUCUUGUUCCGAUCUGUCUAGGUGGACAUAUACAGUGUUUUUCAUGAAACCAAAUCCUAAACCACUCUUUAGAGAGGAAAAAAUAGAAAAUAAGAAACAGCAGCACAUAGUACCUCUCUGACCCACAAACUGUUCUUAUGUAUAUAAUUAUCACAGUUAAUGCAUUUUAAUCUGGGCUUCAUAUAUAAAGACAUUCUAUUUUAAAUGUAAAACAUAAUCUUACACUCUAUAUUGUUUUAUGGGGAAGAAAAAUUAAAAAUGACUCUCUCUCACACACACACACACACACACGCACACAUUUUUCUUUUUUUUCACAUUUCCACUAAUGGAUCUAUUUAACACUAUUUAUGGCUGUUAAAAAUAAUUGCUAAAGAUUCUAAAUCCUUUGUCUUUCUUUUCCUUUAUUUUUUAUUUUUUUGUAAAAUUUUUCAAACCUACUAAUUCUUAAUCUUUUUAAUGGUAAAUCUUUAAUAUGUUUAUACAGUACACUCCAAAAAUGUUUUUUUAUGCCCUCGCACUGUGACGUUGACUCUUGCCAUUGUUUGUAUGUAAUGACUAGAUGCAAAUAAUGAGUUUUUUUUGUUUGUUUGUUUGUUUGUUUUUUUAAUCCAAGACACAGUGAUUGAAAGUUGAGUCUAACAUAAAAAAUCAUAUAAAAUGUGACCAACAGAUCAUCACUAAGAGAACCACUUACCCCUACUGUAUAUGACUGCAUAAUUUACUAACAUCUUAAAUUACCAAAAGAGUACCAGCGAUUCCAUUGUGAAAGGACUUCUUGAUGGUUUGAAAAAAGAAAGUUCAUAAAUAUGCUUACAACACAAGAUGGAGCUGUUACUCUUAAAAGACAUUUUGAAAUCCACUCCUAGUGGCUAAAAUGCUUUUAUAUGCGUUCUUAUUAAACAGUUGUAUUUAAAUAAACUUUCUUUGUUUUAA